CCCGCCUACCUCUGGGGCCUUUUGUUGGGACAUAACAAUCUCUCUGGCAUGGUUCCUAGUACUUUGGUGAAGUUUGAUAAGAAAGAUAUCCUUGACGGGAACCCUGAUUUGCAAUGGCCAAGAAAUAAUCAACCCUUGGGCAUCAUCAUCGGGGCAGUGGUUGCGGGGGCGACUUUGCUCCUCCUUGCCAUUUGUUUGGGUGUCCUAUACCAUAGAAAAAGGCGCCACCAGAUGCGGCAGGCUGGGGUGGCCCUGGAGAAAAUAGAAGACGCAGAAGAUGGGGCCGAAAACCUGGUGUCCUCAGCGGGCACAUUCCCUUCUGCCCCGACAAACCCAGCUCCUUCUGCGCCAGUUUUGUCCCCCCACUCUACGACACAUGCCCAGUCAUCCCGAAUCCCAAAGCCCAAUCCGCGGCAGCCUCCUCAGAGACGCCCGACGUCGGAGCCACCUGUUUUAUCCCCGCAACCUGGUUCAAGGCCCCAGCCGAGGCAACCCCCAAAGCAUAAUUCCCCGCUGCCACGUUAUCAGGGGCAGUACACACUAACCGAGCUUAGGGAGGGGACGGACGACUUCAGCGAUGCCAAUGUCGUCGGACGUGGCUCCUUCGGAAUCGUGUAUAAGGCGACCCUUUCCAGAGGUCCGAACAGGGUCGUGGCGGUGAAGCGGCUGCUGCAGCGCCUGGGGCGCGGCGAUGUGGAGGAGCGGUCAUGGCGCGUGGAGGUGGAGGCGCUCGAGAAGGUCCGGCACAAAAACCUGGUGCCACUGCUGGGGGUCUGCGUCGACGCGGGAGAGUGCCUGCUCGUCCUGGAGUUUUUCCCGCAUGGCAGCCUUGGCGGGCAGCUGCAUGCUGCAAGGGAGGGCAGGGGACCGGCGCUCACCUGGGAAGAGCGCACUGGUGUGAUUCGAGAUAUUGCCCGAGGCCUCAACUACCUGCACAAUGACAUCCAGCCCCCGAUGCUGCACCGGGACAUCAAAGCGGGGAACAUCCUGCUGGCGGAGGGACCCCCGGUGCGCGCGUGCAUCACCGACUUCGGCCUUGCACACCUGGUGAGCGGUGCGGGGGGCCACGUGACGUCCACCAUGGUGAAGGGCACCGUGCCGUACAUGGCCCCUGAAUACCUGCACGGGGGAGCUCGGUUCUUGUCCCCGAGGUGCGACGUCUACAGCUUCGGCGUGUUGUGCCUGGAGGUCCUCUCCGCGCGUCCGGUGGUGCGGCAACUUGAGAGCGGCCUGGUCGAGCGACUGUCCGAAACCGGGGAAGAGUACGCUCGCAAAGGGAGGGUGCUGGAGCUGAUCGACCCUUUGCUUGGUGGCGCGUACGACAUGGCUGAAGCGCAGCGCUACAUCGCAAUCGCACUGAGCUGCCUGUGCAAGGACCCAUCUCGGCGGCCGUCUAUGGACCAGGUGUGGUGGCAGCUUAGCAAGCAGGCCGCUGACACGAGUGUGGCGUCGACCAAUCAGGGAGCCGGGUCUGCUUGGGAUCUUGAUGGGUCAGGCUCUUUCCUGUCUGGCAGCUACGACUUAGGGUCGAGGCAGCUCGCUUCGACCGUCCAGGUCGAGUCUAGGUUUUUAACCCCCAGAUAG